UAAGUCAAAACCAGAUCGCGAACAAAGUGCACAGCCCAGACAGUCCUUCAGCCAGCAAGGAGGUUGACAUACCGUGUGUGAUGCAGGCAUUGAUUCCAGUUUUCGCGAUUCUCGCCGUGACGGCGGGCGCGCAGCUGACCCUGCUGCCCUACGCCUAUCUGGCAGAUCCACUUCCGGUGUACCAUCAGUCGCAGGACACGCGCGCCGGGGUGCACGCGUACAGCUACGCCGGCGGCCCGUCCGCCAAAGAGGAAGUCCGGGGUCUCGAUGGGGUCACGCGCGGCUCCUACAGCUACGUGGACGCGCACGGUAUCCUACAAUCCGUCUUCUACGUCGCGGAUGAGGGCGGCUUCCGCGUCGCGGCGACGAAUCUGCCCACCGACGGCAAUCCGUCGCUCGAGACCGGCGAGGUUCUGUUAGCUAAGAACGCCCACCUGCAGGAACACGCGAAGGCCGCCGCCGCCGCUGUUGCUGCAGCCGCCCAGGAGAAAGAGGAGCGCGCAAUGAGCCGCAGGAAGCGCAGCCUGGAGGCACCGGCCGAUCAAGAUCGUCAUCAGGCAGAAAAGCCGAGUUCCCAGGGAGAUCAGACCGAUCGGGACUCGGCGGCGGUCGUUUCGCCGAAGAGUUCCCACGAGCUUCCAACGUCGGAGAAAUCCGAAGGUCGGACCAAUCGCGGCGCCGCACAUACCGUCUUCGCGCCUAUAUACGGACUGCUAGACUCGGUUCUGAUCCCGAGAUUGACUGGCGCGGCAACCUCUCAUCAGAGCCGCAUCGAUGUUCACAAUAACAUUCGUUUGAAGUCUGUUCAACCCAUCAACACGAUCGGAGUCCUGUCGGAACCAGUCUACGAAACCGUGAUUCUUCCCAGUCAGGCCCCCCUGGCGACGUCUCAUCAGAGUCGCUUCCAGGUGCACAACAAUCUUCGCGUCAAAGUGCCGGAAAAGCUCGUUAGAGCCGUAGACACGAUCGACGUUCAGAUACCGGAAGUCACCGCUGUCAACUUGGAGCCGCUUCCGAUCAUCUCCGUUCAACCUGACUACAAUGAAAAUCGGAUCCAACUUCACAAGAGUCUUGGAUUGGAAGGUCCAAAUCGCAAGGAUGCCGUGAAGAUCGACACGGCGCAGCUGGCAAUUGUCGAGACGCCGGUCGCCGCGGUUCGUGCGGUUGUCCCCAAGGAGGUAGUUCCGAUCGUCACUAAGGAGACAGUUCCGGUCGUCACCAAGGAGACAGUUCCGGUCGUCAUCAAGGAGACAGUUCCGGUCGUCACCAAGGAGACAGUUCCGGUCGUCACUGCUGUUUCCAAUCAGGAAGCGCUUCCGGUUGUCACUGCUGUUUCCAAUCAGAGCAGGACUCAGAUUCAUCGCAAUACCAAACUUGAAGUAGCUGUGCCAAUCGCGAGCAAACCAAGCGUGUACUUAGCAGCUUCCUAUGCUCAACCGAUCGCCACUUGGCCGAUCCUAACACCCGUCGCCCAGUCCUCUCAAUAUCGACAUCAAAUACACUCGAAUGAGAAGGUCCAACUGACAACAUAAGGAUUCGGUCAUUUCGCUGAUAUUUCCUAUGCGCACUUAUUAUCAUUGAUAAUUUUUCAUGAAUUGCAUAGCAUGAUUCUGAUUGAUUGAUAUUUCUUCAAUUUGGUCUUUUUAUAAAAUAGAUUCAAAUUUAUAGAUAUUCACACAUAUUUCUUC